AUGGCCCCCACCGAAUCCGACAUCCUCACCCACUACCUCGUCCAGCCCGCGCCGCUGACGGCCAUCACCACUUUUGAGCAGUUCCAGGCGCUCUUCCCGCGACAGCUGCGCACCGCCGGCGGCGACGCCUCGACUUCCCACCAGCAGCAGCAGCAGCAGCAGCCCCUGCGCUCGCUGUUCCGGGAUCUGCAGGCGCAGCGCAACGCGCGCGUCGUCGACGCUGUUGCGGAAAACGUGGCCGCCGAGGCGCGGCGCGGCGCGGCCAUGCGUCGCGAGGUGCUGCGGCAGCGACGCCGCGACGACGACGAUGCGGAUGGGGACGCCGACGGCGAGGUCGACAUGGAGCGGGCGCUGUUUGGGGACGCGAGCGGGGCGCGUGGUGCGAGACAUACGGUGCGCUCCGUCGUGCCUGAGCUUGAUGGGGCUGCCGAGGCGCUCGAGGCGGAGAUUAGGCAGCUGCGCGACGAGGAGGCGGCGCUCAUGGCGUCGGUGAAGCAGACAAUCGGCGGGCUCAGCGACCUGCGGUACGGGAAGCUGGCCAACGGCAAACUGAGAGGAGAGGUCCUCGACGGGCUCGACUCGUUGCAGCAAACAUGCCAUGACAAAUCUUGA